AAAAGACAUGUUGAGCAUGUUUCCUUUCAUAACCUCCUGCGCCCUUUUUCUCGGAAAAUAUGUCAAGUGCAGUGCUUUUGGUAUGGCUCCUUCCAGCCGCCAGGGCCGCCUGGGUUGCCAAAACGGCCAGCUGUACCUUUCGGGGCAGGUCUGUCAGAUGGUCCAUGUCUCCUCUUUGGUCCGUGCCCGAUGGCCUUGUUGAGUUCGUGGCACAACCACCACGAUUUGAUGAAGAAGUCUUCGCCCCACACCGUGAAGAGCUGGCCCUUCAGGGGAGCCGUGCGAGUCUUCAUCCUGAACCACGACUGCGAAGACGUCGAAGCCGCCAAGGAGCGGAUCAUGAACGACGCGCUUGCGGAGAAGGACCAUGCGUCCUGCGUCAUUGAACAGGAUGAGAAUCACUCUUGGCAUUACUGGCCCCCGGAGCUGGCGGAGGCGAGUCGCUGGCAGACGGCGGUGAACGCCAGCGAUGAGGUGAAGAGGCGCCUGAGUGGAGAUGCGCUCCAGCGGCUGGAAGAUAGCGCCGGGACGGUGGAACACGCCGCGGCAGAGGUGCAGGAGGGGUUCGAUGAUUUUCUACACAUUGCGAGGCGAAGCUUUAACUUCACAGACCCCGGGCACAUCGUGGUGCGGAAUGAGCUGUGCACACACCACCAGAUGUACUUCGGGAAAGUUGGCCUCACUGACAAGUACUUCAAUGCCAUUUUGCUGGGAAACACCGCCAAGAACGCGGCAGAAGAGGCUGCCAAGGAGGGGUGCCCCAAGCAUUCCACCUGGUGUGGUCCACCCACCGAAGAGAAAGAUUGGAGCCAGAAGAGGAAGCAAGAAUAUGACUUGCUCCAAUAUUGCUUGUUCGCCUGCUUGGUGAUCAAACUGGGUAUCACAAAGCUUAACUCGUGCAUGGCCAAGUUGAGUGAUCGUUUCAUCUCCUCGCGCUCGCGUUGCGACAAGCGAUGGGAGAGCAUGUUCAUGGAAGUGUUUUCCUCGGUGCUUUUCAUUUGCUUGCAGACCACCUUGAGUACCAUGUUCCUGCUGGUUUGGCGCGUGAACUCUGCCAUCGCCACGAACAUUCCAACGUGGGGAUUAGUGAGCUGCGUGGGGUUUUUCUUCCUCAUCUCGACGGUCAACGAGCUGGACAAGUUCUGCGACCUCUCCGCCAAGCACUGCAAUGCCUGCUGGACGCUGGUGUUUUGGAUCGGCUUUGUGGGUUGCGUUCUCUUCAUCACCAUCCCCCUCGUGUCUCUCACCUUCUUCAACCUCCAAUUCUUCUUCCAGGUUUACCAGUGUCACUUGUCGAAGAAGGUUCGGAGCGGCGUGCCCUCUCAGCUGAAAGAAUCCUCGGACAACUGUUGCUUCUUCACUGCCAUCUUUGUGCUCUUCGCUGUGGCGGAGCUGGUGCUGCUGGCAUGCAUCGAUUGGCACGAGACCGAGAGGGAGCGACGGCCGACCACGAUGCCCCACAAAGUCAAGGGAACGCCCUACACCCUGGUGGAUUGGAAGGAGGCGAGCGAGGCCGCUUGACCGACCGCGAGACGAAGGGCGACUGAACGGCGGACCCUUGAGAGACCUGGAGCACUCAGACCCCACAGGGUGGGGCAGCGGAGAGUAGCAGGGCGGCGCCAGA